AUGUCGUCGUCAGACAGUUAUUUCAUAAAUGUGCCGAAGUUGAAGGGACGCGAGAACUUUGAUGACUGGGCGUUCGCGGCAAGAAAUUUUCUCAUCUUGGAAGGUAUAGACAUCGACGCCAUUCUUGAGGAUUUAAGUGAUGCAGAAGACAGAAAAGCGAAAGCAAAACUUAUCAUGACGAUUGAUCCCAAGUUGUAUGUUCAUAUAAAAAAUGAAACUAAAGUCAAGGAUUUGUGGCAGAAACUACGGAUAUUAUUUGAUGACAGCGGAUUCACCAGAAGAAUCAGUCUACUAAGAACAUUAAUAUCCAUUCGACUUGAUAAUUAUUGUGAGUCCAUGACAAGUUGUGAGUCAAAUUGUGGAAACUGCACAUGGACUGAAAGGCACAGGAUUCGAGAUUAA